AUGGACGCCGCAUCGAUUGAAGAGAUCAACAAGGUCCGGCUGGCCAUGGGCAUGAAGCCCUUACCAGUCCCGGGAGCCGCGCCACCACCCAAGGAAACAACCGAAAUCGAACUCGGCGACGAUGGCAAACCAGUCAGCACCUUCGACACGCGCGAGGCCGCGGCCUACGACAAUUUUCAAAAGGCUCAAGCGGCAGAGGAAGCGAAGAGGAAACGAGAAGCGAAAGCGGCCGCCAUCAAGAAGGCGCGCGAAAUGGCCCAGCGCAACGCUAUUCUCGACGGCAAGGGGCUAGCUGACGACGACGAGGAUGAAACCGAUGUUAAGUCGUGGCUGAAGAACCAGAAGAAGCGCCAGAAGAAGAUUGAUGCGGCGCGAAAAACAGCGGCAGAUAAGGCUGCUGAGGAAGCGGCCGAGAACGCCGAGCACACGGCGGCCGACUUGGCCGGCGUCAAGGUUGCCCACGACAUGACCGCUUUUCUCGACGGUGACGAUCAGGUCUUGACGCUCAAGGACACAGGCGUGCUGGAGAAUGAAGAUGAGGGGGAUCAGCUUGAGAACGUGUCCCUACGCGAGCAGGAGAAGCUGCGGGAACGACUGGACCUCAAGAAGAAGAACCCGGUGUACGAUCCCAACGACAUUGACGAGACGGGCGAGAUUGGGGUGUUGUCGAAGUACGACGAGGAAAUCUAUGGGAAGAAGCAGAAAACCUUCACAUUGAAUUCGGCUGCGACGACGACGGAACUAGCUGAUAUUCUGGCGGCGCCGGUUCAGAAGAGGAAACACCAAGUCGUGGACCUUGGUGAGCUGGGUGAGUAUCCUAGGAACAUGGCCCGAGAAGCCGUAAACGUACUGACCCAACCCACAGAGGAUGCGCCGGCACCAGUAUCGGACUAUCUCGAUGUCUCAGAGGUCAAGGUCAAGAAGUUGAAAAAGAAGAAGUCGAAAUCAACGAGGCGGCGCCGAGCAGACGACGAUGAUGUCCUAUUCGGCGGGGAGCCAACCGGCGGUGAUGAGCCGGAGCAAGACAUGGAUAUUGACUCGGGUGCUGCAGCUUUUACCAAGAAACGGAAGAUUGUGGACGACAGCUUCGUGGAUGAUGAGGAUCUGCAGUCAACACUGGCGCUCCAGAGGAGAGAGGCGCUCAAGAAGCGAAAGAAGACCAGGCCUGAAGAUAUCGCAAGGCAGCUUCGAGAAUCGACGGAAAACCAAGACGGAGAUGAACAGGAGCAAAAGGGGAUUGUGAUGGACGAGAUUAGUCGGUUUGUCGACGGGCUACGCGCAGAGCAGGAAGAGGACCGCAAAGUCCGCAAGCCUCGGUCCGAAGAACCGGCGGGUGUCACAGCUAUGCAACAAGACGAAAGCUCCGAGGACGAAGAGAUGCACGAUGCCGACCACCCCUCGCCCCCACGCGACGGUACACCCCACCGGGAAGACCCCACCGCCAACGGCGUCGAAGAGGAAAAGACGGUUGGGCAAGGUAUGGGCGCCACACUCGCCUUGCUGCGCGACCGCCACCUCAUUGAUGAAGGCAAGGGCGCCGAGGUCAACGAGAAGUUCCGUCAGCGCCAGCGUUUCCUCAACGAGCUGCAACGCCGCAUGGAUCUCUUCGACCAGGACACCCGCGCCCAGCGUGAGCGCGACCGCACCAGCGGCCGUCUCGAGCGCAUGUCGGCUCGCGAACGCGAGGACUGGCAGCGGCAACAGAACACGCUGCGCGACCAGCACCAGUCGCGCAUCAUGGACCAGCUGUUCCGCGAGGAGUACCGACCAGAGGUGGAGCUCAAGUAUGUUGAUAGCGACGGCCGGAGUCUGGACGCUAAGGAGGCUUUCAAGGAGCUCUCACAUCAGUUCCAUGGCAAGGGAAGUGGCAAGGGCAAGACAGAUAAGCGGCUCAAGAAGCUGGCAGAGGAAAAGCGGCGGAUGGCGCAGAGUAUGUUGGAUGCCAGUCAAAAUGUGGGCAUGAGCUCGGCGGCGUCGCAUCAAACGAAGAAGAGGAGGGAAGCGGGCGUGCGGUUGGCUUAG